GAAUUAUAAAACCACGCCCUCUCCAUUCACGGGCCAUCGGAUGAUCCUAUUGGUUAACUGAGAUCACGUGUGACUGGUACAGCUUAGCGCACGCUGAUUCCCUUCAGCGGCAGAGCAGUGGACGGACGCAUCUUUGUCGCGGCAUUGACCAACUGGAGCAGCUUUUCUCUGCCACAUAUAGACCAACACUGCCAAACUGAAGAACUUCUUUGUCCCAGCCAUUAUGCCUCCUCCUCUUCGUCAUCGCUCCAUGCGCAUCUUUGUGAAUGAUGACCGCCACGUGAUGGCUAAGCACUCGGCCAUCUAUCCCACCCAGGAGGAGCUGGAGGGGGUGCAGAACAUGGUGUCCCACACCGAACGUGCCCUCAAGGCUGUCUCUGAUUGGCUGGAUGAGCAGGAGAAAGGAAAUACCAAAGGGAACACAUUGGAGUCCGAUGGAGACGGCGAGAAGGAGAUUGAACCAAAGUCCAUGGAUCAGCCCACGCGUUCCCUGCGUGGAGUCAUGCGUGUGGGGCUGGUAGCUAAAGGUCUUCUGCUGAAGGGAGAUCUUGACCUGGAGCUCGUGCUGUUGUGCAAAGACAAACCCACCAUCACCCUGCUGAAGAAAGUGUCUGAGAACCUCGCUGUGCAGCUUAAGCUUAUCACAGAAGAAAAAUAUGACGUUAAACCGUGUAUCCGCGAUGCCACCAUUGUCAUCAAAAACUCCAAAGAGCCACCGCUGACCCUCACCAUUCACCUGACUUCACCCCUCGUGAGGGAGGAGGCUGAGAAGCAGGCUGCUGGGGAAACGCUAUCAGUCAACGAUCCCCCGGAUGUACUGGACAGGCAGAAAUGCCUGACUGCCUUGGCGUCCCUCCGCCACGCCAAGUGGUUCCAGGCCAGGGCUAAUGGGCUCCGCUCCUGUGUGAUCGUCAUCCGCAUCCUUAGGGACCUUUGUGCUCGUGUUCCCACCUGGGCCCCUCUCCGAGGAUGGCCCUUAGAACUGCUGUGCGAGAAGGCCAUUGGCACUGGGAAUCGGCCAAUGGGAGCAGGGGAAGCUCUCCGCAGAGUUCUGGAGUGUCUCGCAUCUGGAAUCCUCAUGGCUGAUGGUUCAGGCAUUUGUGACCCUUGUGAGAAGGAACCAACAGAUGCCAUCAGUCACAUGGAUCGCCAGCAGCGGGAGGACAUCACUCAGAGUGCUCAGCAUGCCUUAAGGCUUUCAGCUUUUGGACAGCUGCACAAAGUGCUCGGUAUGGAUCCGCUUCCUUCAAAAAUGCCCAGAAAGCCACGGAGUGAGACUCCUAUUGACUACACGGUUCAAAUCCCACCCAGCACAACCUAUGUUCCUCCAAUGAAACGCCCCAUGGAGGAGGAGGAGUCUACUGAUGAGAAGAAUCCAAACAAGAAGAAGAAGAAAUUGCAGAAGAAAUCUCCAGAGGAGAAGGCAGAGCCGCCACAGGCCAUGAAUGCCCUGAUGCGUCUGAACCAGCUGAAGCCGGGUCUACAGUACAAACUCAUCUCUCAGACCGGACCCGUCCAUGUGCCAGUGUUCACCAUGGCCGUAGAAGUGGACGGGAAGAACUUUGAAGCUUCUGGUCCCUCCAAACGCACUGCUAAACUGCAUGUAGCUGUCAAAGUCUUGCAAGAUAUGGGUCUGCCAACGGGAAUAGAGCAAAAAGUAGCUGAACAGGUCAAACAGGAGGAGCCAGUGACCACACAGGAGACUUUGCCCCCAGUGACCCAAAUGGAGCCAGAAACAGCGCCGACCUCAGACAGCCCCACUGACGAGAGCGCUCGGCAGCAGGGACCCAUCCUUACCAAACAUGGAAAGAACCCUGUCAUGGAGCUCAAUGAAAAACGCAGAGGACUGAAGUACGAGCUUAUCUCUGAGACCGGUGGAAGCCACGACAAACGCUUCGUCAUGGAGGUGGAGAUCGAUGGACAGAAGUUUCAGGGUACCGGAUCCAAUAAGAAGGUGGCGAAGGCCUACGCAGCUCUGGCAGCCCUGGAGAAGCUUUUCCCAGAAGGCUCCAACUUAGAGGCAAAUAAGAAAAAGAAAAUGGCUCCGAUGCACCCCACUGGAUUUGGGAUGGUGAGUGGGCCACCUGCUGACAUGAUGGCCGGUCCCAGGGGCAGAGGAAGAGGACGUGGCAGGGGCCGAGGCCGGGGAUUUAACAAUGGUGGAGGAUUCAAUCAAGGUGGAUAUGGGACGUAUGGAUAUGGUGGCAAUAACAACUCUGGCUACAAUUUCUAUAAUAACGGAGGGUCUAAUGGCGGAUCGGUGUCCUCAGGUCCUGGAGCGUCAGGUCCAGGCACAAACACGCCCUCUGGUGGAGCAGCAGGGGCAGGUGGUUUUGGCUCAUAUUACCAGAGUGACGGCGGCUACUCCUCCCCUACCGGAACCCCCAAACCGGCUGUUAAGAAGCCACCCAUGCACCAAAACAACAAGCCUCAAGGGCCCGGAGUGGGCCAAGGGGGUUCCUUCGGUCAGUACGGCCAGGGCUUCGGUCAGAAGAAGAACUUCGGCCAAGCUCAAGGUGGAGGAGGAGGAGGUGGAAACUUCAACUACAGCACUGCUUACCCCUCACAGGUGACCGGAGGACAGGACUACAGCUAUGAAGGUUACAACCAGUCAAACUACAACUCACAGGGCGGAGCCAACCAGAAUUUCGGUGGUAGUUCCGCCUCCUUCAACAGCGGACCAGUAGGAUACGGCCGGGGCGAUCCCAAUAUGAACUACCAGUAUCGAUAAACCUGCCUUCCUGUGUGCGGUCCUGCACCAUCACUUCCAAACAAGGAGCAUCAUCCUCUUUGAUUCUAUCGUUCUUGAUUUUUGGUUUCUGUCACCAACACCUGAACUAAAACAAAAUAGUGGUAUCUAAACUUUGUGCAAAAUAGUGUAUUUCCAUGUUUCUUUUGAAGUAUGUGUAUUUUUAUUUUAGUUUAGUUACUAUAAAUCUGUGAACUCCCCCAAACUACUGCCCUCUUGAGGGACGUACGAAAUAAACCCAAAGCGGCGCAUGCGAGGACCUGAUUUUUGCUAACAUGCAGUGACAGGAUACGCAGUCCUUGAGUGAUUUUAACCAUUCAGACAUGUAUAAAGAUGCAUUGAUCUCAAGUUGUAAAUCAUUAGUUUUAUGACUUUUUUUUUUUUUCUCUCCUCUGUUUGGCCAGCUACAUUUCAUGGUUUUGCCUGUAAAAAAUAGGCUUUUCUUUUAAAUUAUGAAUGCACAUGUGACAUUGUUUUAAAUGGUUACGUGAUUGUGAAAGUUGUGACGUGUUGGGUCGUUGUAGCUUUUGGCUGUUUUGGGUGGGGGACCUUUAUUUUUCCGGACAUUGUUUAAAGAAUGUGUGGUGUUUGUAAUAAAGGAUUUUAUUUUGGAGGA